GACUGCGUGUUACACAGGAGUCUCAUUGGUCAUCUGAAAGCAUUCAUCGAUAAAUAUGGGCUUGAUGUACUUGUCAUUUUGACCAGCUGUUUGUCAGAUGAGAAGCGAGAAAAACGACAAAUAGCAGUGUACACGGAAAACUUGGAACUAGGCAAUCAAAUCUGCUGUGAAUUAGAAGAAUGUCAGAAUCCUUGUUUGGAGCUGGAUCCUGUAGAAUGUGGAUGUGACCAAAUUCUCAUUUAUCAUCAAGAGAAUUCUUUGGUGACCGUUGAUCAAAUUUUUCUUCUAGUUAAGGAAGUCAUAAAUAGAAGACAACCAGAAAUGGUAUCAAACAGUAGAACUUCUUCUACUGAAGCUGUUGCUGGAAGCGCUCCACUUUCACAAGGAUCUUCUGGUAUUAUGGAGUUAUAUGGUUCUGAUGUUGAACCACAGCCCAGUUCUGCCAAUUUUAUAGAAAACCCUCAAGAUCUAAAUGGAUCUAUCCAAGCCCACGUUGAUGUUAAUGCAGACCUUGUGAGUCCAGACAGUGGACUGGCUACCAUUAGAAGCAGCCGGUCUUCCAAGGAGAGUUCUGUUUUCCUUAGUGAUGAUAGCCCUAUUGCAGAAGGUGCUGCUUCCCAUCACAGUCUUCUGCCUGGCUUUGAUUCCUAUAGCCCUAUUCCUGAAGGAACAAUAGCUGAAGAACAAAAACCUCAGUCUAGAGACAAUAGCGAUAACUUUGAUCUUUUCAAUUUUGAUCUAGCACCUGUGGCUACAGCUCCAUCCGAGUCAUCUUUUCAUUCUGUUGAUUGUUCCCCAGCAGAUGACUAUUUCCUUAAUAGUGAUUCAUCAGAAGGACAACAACUCACUGUGCAAAAAAAACUUAAUGAGACAAACCUGCUAGAAAAUGAUACAGCAGAUUAUUCAACUGACUUACUUAUGACAACAAAUGAGGAAGGCAAUUUAGCUGACUUUGAUGAGAAUCCGGGGGAAACAUGUGAGAAAAUUUCAAGUUUGAUUGAUUUAGUUGAAGGUGAUCCUUCUUCACCAGAAAUGUUGAAAUCUGUUGACUCAAGAAUUCCACCAACUCCUAUGAACAGUCUCGUAGAAACUUCACCAUUAGAUAAUGGGCAGCCUUUGUUUUUCCCACAAGAUGUCAUUAAAAAAAUUAAUGAAAUAGAUGGUGCAAAUUAUUCUCAAUCUCGUGUUAGAUAUGGGAGCUGGUGGGGUGGCUUUGACCUAGAGUCCAGAAAUGCUGAUACAUGGGGUUCAAGUGAGCAGGAAUCUGUAUUUCAGAGCCCUGUCUUAUGGAAAGAUUGUAAAGAAAGUCCCUUGCUACAAGAACAUACUGAUAGACGAGGCUCAGAUUCUGUAUUUCUCCAAAAACAACCAAACCAAAUGGAAUAUAUGAGAGCAAGUAUGUGGAAUAAUCAGUUUAAACAAGAUAAUUGGAGCCGUGAGAAUGAAAAGAAAAAUAAUGAAGAUUUGCUUUUGCAAACCACUUCUUUAGAGGAGACAAAGCAGGAACCAGAGAGCUUUACUGACCCGUGGAAGGUCACUCAGCCAACAUCUAUGGUGUCAGAUGCAUGGUGUAGUGGUGAAGGGAAAGAUAAUCAGUUAGCUGGAGACUCCUAUGAAGUUUGGACUAAGUUUGAUGCAGGAGAUACUGGUAGAUCCUCAGAAAAUGUAUGGAACAUAACCAAACCGGAUAGAGAAAAAAAAUCAGUGAACACUCAUCAGGAAUGGGCUAUAUCAAAAGUGAGUUUAUCAAAUUCUUCAGAAAUAACAGAAAACAAUGAGGCUGAAAAUCCACCUGCUCAGGUAUCUCCAGAAUCCUGGGAUAAAGAAGGAUAUUAUUCGGUAGGAGAAUAUGGAAGAUCUGAAACUACAAAUUCUGUUUUCAACAAUAUGCAAAAUAAUUCUAAGCUGGAAAUGGAGCAAGAAACUUUAUUUGGUGACCCUAAACAUAGGCCAAAACAAUUUGAAAAUAUAGAGACCUGGAAUAUGUAUGAUAAAAACAUCAGGAAAGAAGUUACAGAAAUAGUGGUGCCAUGGGAGGAUACCUUCUUUUAUAAACACACAGAUCUUAGUUCAUCAAACACAGGGGAAGAUUUGGUGGUUUCUCCACCAGACACCAAUUAUUCAACAUCUGAUUCAUACAUAUCGCCUACAUACAUAGAAGACGAAAAAGAAAACGAAGACAAAGAUGUCAAUGAAGAAAGAAAUAUUGACAAAUUGAUAACCCCAGAUUUGGCUGAGCCAAAAGUAGUUGAGAAAGCAAAUAAAGAACCAUUAUCUGCUAGCAACAUGCCUUUUUCAGGUGCCAGAAACACAGACAUUUGGAACACUCCCUUAAAUAACGUCACCCAGUUACAGGAAAGAAAUUCUGAAAUUGUUGCUCUUUCUGCCUCUUCUAAACCUUUUCUUAAUUCAGAACAAACAGCUAAUCAGUGCUUUUCAACUGAGACACAUACCAGUGAAAAUAAUUUUCCUAUAUCUGAAAACAGAAGAAUAACACUGGUAUACAACCAAACAGUGAAUGACUUAUCACCACCACAGAAUGAAUUAAAUACUACACACAAUGCAGCUGAAAAUGUAGAAACAGUGAGCAGUAUUCCUGUAGAAGACAUAGACACAUCUACACCAACCUCAGACACUGGCAAUGGUUUGGAUCUGAAAAUAUGUGACUUACAGAGUGAGAUACUUAGUAAGAAGUCAGCACAAAACAGUGCUGCAGUUGAUGACAAGCUGGAUAGUCAGGAUUCAGUGCAGCAGCUGAAACAGGGUUGUGAGGAAGGCUGGGACAAUACCAUCAUCCUCUCUCAGGAAGGAAAAGAGGAAUACAGCACAACAGAUGAGCUAAGUGGACAGCAGAUCAUUCGUGACAAUUGUAAUAAACCAGUGCAGCAGGACAGUGAAUCUUCAUGUAAUGCAGAUUCAGAGGAAAACAGGUCAACAAACGAAGUUGCAAGCUCCCCAGAAAAAAUGAGCAAUAGUGUUAGCUUGGAAGCAUUAGUCACAGAGAAUGAGUCAUUUCCCCAUCAAACUAAUGCAGUUAGUCAGGAAGAGAGGAAAGACUUGUCACAAAAUAAUGUGGCAUCUUCUUCAAGUGCUUCUGAGGAAGGCAGGAAUUAUGAAUCUUUUGAUGAUACCAGACCACAGAAUUACAAUUAUAGUGAAACAUCACAGCUGCUUUCUGAGAAAGCUGAAAAUGAGACUACAGUGAUAGAAGAUGCAACAAGUCCUGAGAUGGAAAGUAUCUCUGAAAGUUUUGAUAAGGGUAGUGAUAAUGAAAAUAAUUCUUCCAAAAUGCCCAGAAGCUCUGGCAUCUGGAAUGAUUCUGGUAAGAGUAGUUGUUGCCUAGCAACAUCCAUUCCUUUGGUGAAUGAUCCACAAGAAGCACUGGACGAAGUGAAGGAAGGCUUACUUGAAGUGGUUCCUAACCAUGCAGGCAAAUGUAAUUCUGAGUUAGUAUCUUUUAAAAAUAUCUCAGAACUGAACAGGACUCAUGAAAAGCCUUUCACAGAUGAGUUUAAGAAGAGUUCUUCAUCAGGAUAUGUCAAUGUUCCUGACAUUACAGAUGUGUCUGUGGUGGAAAAUCUGUUUUCACAUGAAAUAGGUUCUGGGAAAAGUGAAGACUCUGAAAAUUUAGAAUCUGCUAAUAAUCUUUGCCAAGAGCCAUAUGUAAUGUUUAAUGACAGUUUUCCUCAAACUGCUUGGGAUUCACAGCCAUGUCAAGAUUUACAGUCUCCUGGAACAAGUCCUGAGGCAAGUGAAGCCCUUGAAAUGGCAAACACCGCAAGUAGCCUUUCAAGGGAUAUACAGAUCAAAAGUUAUUUGGAAGAAGAUAAUGUGUGGAGUGAUUCAAUAAAUGAUUAUGCACACUCAAGUGGAACAAGUCCAGAUUUAAGUGAUACAUCUGUGAAUAUGUGGGGAGACCUUCCAGUUACCAGUCAUCACAAAAGAAGUGGGGAUACAUGGGAUAUUAAAAAUAAUAAAAAUCCUGAAAAUGUUUGUAAAAUAAAUGAAUUUGGGAAUGAAUGUGAAGAAGAAUUUGAAAAAAGCUCUGAAUCGAACAAAGUUCCUAAAAGCUUAGGGUUUUGGAAUGCCCAUGUAGAUGAUGAUACUGUAUCUUCUUUAUCAAGUCCUGACAUAAAUGAGAAUUCAGAGAAUUCAGAGGCAUGUUCUGAAGUGAUUCAUGAAGAUUCCACAUAUAAAAACAAACAGCACAAAGCAUCUGAAUUUGGAGAGGAUUAUGCUCAAUCCAAUGCAACAAUUCCUGAAGCAAAUCAAGACAAUUUACAUGUGAAAACCAAGGUAGGAGAGGAGGUCCAGGUAGGCAUCCUCAGUGAAAAUCCUGAAACAACUAAAGCUAGGAAAGUAUUGCAGGAGGACUUGACUACAGUGGAGUGUAAUGAGACUUCUGAAUAUUUAUGUUACUGGGAAACACUUCAGAAAAAAACUCAGUUGAGUAUUCUCAGUGAAAAAACAGGUAGCGGAGAAGACUCAUAUUUGCAUCAAAUGGAAGAAGACACUACACCAACUUUUGCUGUUGGUGAUAAAGAAAAGUAUUCUUCAAAAGCCUUAGAUACAUGGAGUAUGUCAUUGGAAGCUGAUGUAAGAGCUGAUCCAAAAUCCACAGCAGGAACAUUUUGUUUUCCAGAUGAUCAUUCAGAAUGGUGGGAUUCACAACGUUGUGAAGAAAAGCGAUUGGAAGAUCAGUAUUCUGUUUCAAGUCACUCCACAACAAACCAGUUAACAAAUAGUAAAGAGGGCUCCUGGGGAACACCUUCACAAGAUGAAGAACUAACAGAAUCACGUUUUGCUGAUGCAAGUAGUGAUGGAAAUCAGCCUGCCCCCCUGAACUGUGAUGAGAAAGAAAAUGAAAGGCUAGUACAUCCUACGAAUAUUCCCCAUGGUCAAAUAAAUCAAGGCACUGUACAAUUCCAACAGUUUGAGCCUUUUAUACUGGAUAAAGAGGAAAGGGGCUUGAAAGAGCACUUUUCUACAGAUGAGGAAGAUCACGUGACUCCACAGAACUCUUUUUCAGAUGAGGAGCAAGUUAUGCCAAAUACAUCAGUUCAAGAAAUCACUGUACUUGGUCUACCAAAAGACAGUAAGAGAAAUAUAAGUCUCAUUCCUCAAGAACAACAGCCGGAUACUUGUGAAAGAUUAGAAUUGCACAACUCCCUGCCAGAUGCUUUCACUGUAGAAGGCUUAUCUUUUGAAAUGACAGUGAACUCAAGUCCAGGGCAGAGUGUAUUAGUUCCCCAAAACACAUUUAUCCCAGAUAUUUUACAGGAUAAUGCAGAAGAAAAUAAUCAUCUGCUUUCAAUGGAACCUGACCUGUGGACUAAUGCUGAGCAGAUUGUCACUCUGAAACCAGAUGGUGAAAAUCCUGAUAUAUUAAGUCACUGUAACCAAGACAAUAGUUCAGAGGCAUCAAGCAGUCCUGAUGUGUGCCAGGAGUAUGAAGCUAAGCAUGCCUCUAUCCCAUCUUCUCAGGUCGGGGUGGAACCUGUAAAAGAUAGUCAGCCAAUUCACACAUGGUCCAAUAUAAGUAAAGAGACAGAAUUUGGUUCAAAGUGUCAGUUAGCAAUGCAGAAGGUAGAGACACAGUCCAAAAGUGGUAGCCCUCAGGACUGUGAAGAGGGAAAGAUUGUUGAAUCCUAUCAGCUAAUGUCUUCUAAUAGUCAAGGGAGUCCUGAUUUUGCAGUUUUGGAAGAAUAUGGUCUAGAAAACAAGCUCGUUACUGACCCAGCUGAGUCAGAUGAAAUUAGUGAUGAAGUUUUAGGAGUGAUGUCCUUAGAUCUGAAAGAAAAGUUCCAUGAAAGUUUUACUUCUGGAAGCUAUCAGGGAACACCAACUGAUGUAGUCCAAAUAGCGACCUCUCAAAUGCAGUUGGUUCCCAUGGAUUUCUUUUCAACUAAUAGGGCAGAACAAAGCUUAAGAGAAAUUAGUGCCUUGGCUGAAGUUGGAAUAUGGAAUACUGACCACACAGCAAUAACUACUGAUGAGCUAGACGUGUCAGAAGAAAGUGUGGAUGAAUCCAAAACAGGCAUAGAAUAUAACGUCAGGAACACAACAGUGACUAAUGUCCCAGCAGGCACGUGUGGUGGAAUGAACAUGCUGGCAGUAGUAGGCAGCGAAGCAGCAGAAGGGGAAUCAAGGGAUAAACGGAUACUCUUCCCAAAAUCCUUUCUUCCUGGUGGUAAUGAAGGCCUUGAUUCUGAUUCUAAUAGUCAACUGGCUAAUGACACGGCAAAAGAUUCUGAAGGUAUAAUUGAAAAUUAUGGUUUUGUGUUGAAGGAAGUGGCCAGUGACCAAUCACCACUGGUGUGUACUCCACUGUCCUAUGUACCUUUUGAUGCUGAACCUUCUGGCAGCAGCAAGUGUUCAAAGAAUAAGCUCUUACUUGAGCAGCCAUUUUGUGACAGUGUUUCUUUGGAAAAAAAUUUACCACUGCCAGCUCCUUUGAAAGGUGCAGAAGGCAUCCUAAUGACUGACGACAGCAACAUUCAGGAUCAGGUGUCUGAAACAUCCACAGAGUGCCUUCAGAAAAAUCACGUAUCAGUACCUUCACUCUCCAAGCCUGAAGUAACUCUAGGAGCUUCUGAGAUUGCAGUAGGAAAAUCUGAAGCAGAAACAACUGAUCUUGACUCACCGGCAGGUGGAGAUAAAAGAUCACCUGAUGAAGCUGGCACUGCUUCCCUCCUUCGUAGGGAGAAUAAUCUGAGAAACCCCUCUGAAAGCCCUGAAAUAAGAAGUACAGAGGAUAAGGAAGAUGUAAGGAUGCAGGUGGACCUACAUCCAACUUCACUGGACAUGGCUUACAUCCUUGUUUCCAAGCAAGAAAAUAUAUGUUCAACUAAGGAUACCCUUGAAAGAAACAAAAGUGAUUUUGCAUCUCAAGAAACUAAUGCAGCUGAACAAAGAGAAUCUCAGGAAGGCUUUUCACUGGACUCUUCUGACACCGUUCAGCCAAUCUCCAUUACAAAAGAAAGGGAAGAUCAUACUGUUUGUGGAAUUGAAUGGGACUCUGUUCACCUGGAAGAGAAAAGUUCUUCUGUUGAGCCUCAAAAACUGCACGAUGAAAGAUCACAGGAAGGCUAUGACCAAGAUGAGGGCUGGAUUAUCUUGGGCCAAAAUGAAGUCAAUGACAUAUCACCUGAAGAAAUUUCUGCCAAGUCAGAGAUGCCAAAAUCAGGGUCUGAACAUUCUGGCAAAGAAAUGGCAGCUGUUGUAGCACAGGAAUUGAUUCUUGACACUUGGACAGAAUUUCAGGUGGUUGGUGGUGAUGGCGCAUGGGAAGAAAAUCCUCAGCAGAGACUUGGAAAUAAUGUAGCAACAGAACAAGAAAUGAAGGAGGAAGCAGUGCUUCUCAACAGUGAAAAAGUACUAAGUCAAAAAUCAGGGCUGGUACAAGAGGAUGUGGGAAUGGACAUCCCCUAUGAUGAGAGUGUACUAAGCCCCAGUUCUGCAGAGAUGAGACCAGAACCUCCCAAUUCUCUUGAUCUAAACGGUUCCCAUCCCAGAAGGAUAAAGCUUACUGCUCCAAAUAUCAAUCUCUCUUUGGACCAGAGUGAAGGGUCUAUACUUUCUGAUGAUAAUUUGGAUACACCAGAUGAAAUUGACAUCAAUGUAGAUGACCUUGACACUCCUGAUGAAGCAGAUUCUUUUGAAUACACUGGACAAG